GGUCUUCAUGAUAGAUUUGAAAUUCAGCCAGGUGAUGCUUGUCUGUUCAUAAAUGGACUUCGUGUUGAUAUGAGUGCUUAUGAUCCUUUUAGUCUUUUGGAUAUGCUGAAACUAGAAGGAAAAAUGAUGAAUGGCCUCCGCAAUCUUGGGAUCAACAAAGAAGAUAUUAGCAAAUUUUUAAAAUUAAACUCACAUGUUUUGGACCAUACCUAUGCAUUAGAUAUUAGGCAUUCUUCUGUAAUGUGGAUUAAUGACCUAGAAAAUGAUGAGUUGUAUGUCACAUGGCCUGCAAGUUGCCAGGAGCUUCUGAAGCCCGUGUUCCCUGGAACUAUACCUUCCGUAAGGCGUAAUUUUCAUAAUUUGGUUCUGUUUAUUGAUCCUGCUCAAGAAUAUACCUUGGAUUUUAUAAAACUUGCUGAACUUUUCUAUUAUCAUAAAAUUCCUCUUAGAAUUGGUUUUGUGUUCAUUGUUAACACAGAUGAUGAAGUUGAUGGAGCAGAUGACGUUGGCGUUGCUCUUUGGCGAGCUUUCAAGUAUAUUGCAGAAGAACGUGAUGUAUCACAAGCGUUUAUUUCCAUAGUACAAAGUUUAUAAAAAACAAUCAUGGGGAUUAAUACAGACGAUGAAUUUGAUUCUUGCAACUCCCAGUUGAAAUACAUAAUGUUGUCCCCACUUUAUAAAUUAGGCAACUGACACUCUGCCAAAAUAGAUGAAUUUGCUUGAGUUCCUCCAGCUGCUAAUAGAAUUUAAAUUGUAUAUAUAAGUUUAGAGGAAAACAUACUCAGAGAAAAUGAUGAGUCAGGGAAGAAUUCCUGAACCAGGUCUUGAAAAAAUCAUGAAUAAAAAAGAUUACUGCAAACUUAAAUAUUCUAAAUGACAAGGUAUGCAGACCCUUCCUAGAGAAUUUCAAAGGAGAAGGAGAUCACUUCAUGACAGCAAAUUAGGUGGAAAUAGCAGGAUGGGUACUGAAUUUGACAAAGAGAUUGUAUAAAAAAAAGUUAGAAAUUGGCAAGAACUUAAAGAACAAUAAGAAAUGGGAAGAUUAUCUCAUAAUUGAGGUUUUGAAACUAUUAUGGCCCAUUGUGGAAACAGAUGUAUUGAAGAACUGUAUUAUUAUUAAGAAAGUCAGACCAUAGCUUAAAAACUAGCUUUUGGGGCUCCUGGGUGGCUCAGUCGGUUAAGCAACUGCCUUCGGCUCAGGUCAUGAUCCCAGGGUC